AUGAGCUUGUCCUUGCUCCUCUUCCUCAGCCACCUGAUCCUCAGCGCUUGGGCUCAAGGGGAAACGCGCCUCGCCCCCGGAGGGCACCCGGGACCCGCUGCGACAGAGAGGAGCCCGGGACGAGCCGACGCCAGCCCGAGCUGCGGGAGCACCGCGUCCGCUUCUUCCUCCUCCUCCACCUCCGCGUCCCCGGCGGCGGCGGCUCCCGGCUGCCCAGGAGGCGGCUCGGAGCAGAGCGGGUUCCAGUGGAGCGCCUCUGGGCGCAGGACCGGCAGCCUCUACUGCAGAGUGGGCAUCGGUUUCCAUCUGCAGAUCUACCCGGAUGGCAAAGUCAACGGAACCCACGAAGCCAAUAUGUUAAGUAUUUUGGAAAUAUUUGCUGUGUCUCAGGGGAUUGUAGGAAUACGAGGAGUUUUCAGCAACAAAUUUUUAGCGAUGUCAAAAAAAGGAAAACUCCAUGCAAGUGCUAAAUUUACAGAUGACUGCAAGUUCAGGGAGAGAUUUCAAGAAAACAGCUACAAUACCUAUGCUUCAGCAAUACACAGAACUGAAAAGACUGGGCGUGAGUGGUACGUGGCUCUGAAUAAAAGAGGGAAAGCUAAACGAGGCUGCAGCCCACGGGUCAAACCCCAGCACAUUUCUACCCAUUUUUUGCCAAGAUUCAAGCAGUCGGAGCAGCCAGAACUUUCCUUCACAGUUACCGUUCCUGAAAAGAAAAAAACCCCUAACCCUGUCAAGCCAAAGGUUCCCCUUUCUGCACCCAGGAAAAGCCCGAACACAGUGAAAUACAGGCUCAAGUUUCGCUUUGGCUAAUACUCAUUUUGGCCUCGUGAGAAUCUUUCCCUGCAGGCAUCUUGAUGAGCGUCUUCCGAACUCAGAAGAAACAAUCUGGGACUGAGUACCAGCUGUACCACACCUGUAGGGAAGUCAGGUUAUUCGUUUCAAUUUGACUGAAGCAAAUGUUUUCAAAUUGGAACUAGGCUGGAAUUCUUUGCACCUUUAUGAGGUGACACUGUCAGUUCAGUGAGAUGUAAAGCAUUUUUUGUUUUAUGCUUAUGGGGUACUUAGAGCUCUGUAUUUUCAGAAUAUUAAAUAGCAUGGACUAUGUAUUUUUUCUGAUUUUUACAGAUCAACUUGAAAGGAUGUACGUGAUACAUUUUUACUUUUGGUUUCCAAAGAAUAUUUUGAAGCAGAUAAAAGUAUUUUAUUAACUCUUGAGUUUUGUUUUUUAAGAAAAGUACCUCCAUAUUGAACAUAUUUUCUUACUGGUUAUUAUUUUAAUCAAUAUGGCAUAGGCAAUCAGUUUUAAUGCAGUUGAAUGAAUCAUAAAUGUGUUUGUAGCCCAUUUGUAACAUGUGGAUUUCUUUUGCAUUUUAAAAAAAUUCACUGCACUUUUAAAUUUUUCAACCAUACCUCAGAUACUGUACAUUUAGUUAUAUGUCUUACCAUGGUUAAACUCACUUCCCCAGCA